AUGAAAGCCAUAACGGCGAUGUGUGCGACCGGAGCCUCCGUGCCGGCGAUCGCCAGCGGACGUGUACAGAGACACCGGGACGGUGAAAACGCUGAGAUACAGAUGUAUCUAUCGAAAUUACAAGACCUCGUGCCUUUCAUGCCGAAAAAUAGGCGCAUCUCUAAGUUAGAAGUCAUCCAGCACGUCAUUGAUUACAUCUGCGACCUGCAGUCGGCUCUGGAGAAUCACCCAGCGGUUGGUCAGUUCGAAGCCGAGGCAGCCCUGGCGCCGACCUGUACGUCUCCGCCGAAACCGCGCCGCAGGCCACUCGGACCUCGCCCAGCUCCCAAUACAAUCCUCCCGACUGACAAAGCUGUACCCUCACAUCAUUCAAAUCACACGGUAAGUGUUACUUAUAAUAUAUCUAAACCUCGGGCUGAUCGUGUUGGAAUUCCCAGUUCCACUGUGGGUCGUGAGACGGCAUUUCACGGCGCUAUCGAGAGAGGCAUCGAACGCUGUGUGCCACAAACCUCAGUCACGAACAUACGCCACGCCGACUGUAACAAUUCAAAAUACGCGGCAGUAAAUUGUAGCUCGCAGCUGACCGCCCCGGGACCUCACGACACCGAGAUGUAUCGACGUGUCAGUCAAACGAUGAGAACACAUCUAUUAUCUUUGUUUAUCACGACCGUACUAAGAGUUCAAUAUGCUGCAUUCGUUUAUAAUCCCUAA